AUGAAAUUUGCUUGGAAAAUUCUUGUGGAUAACUCAUUGUGGUCUAAUUUUUUUACGGCUAAAUACAUUCGGAAUAAGCAUGUAUCAUUGGUGGAUUCUCACAAAGGAACACGGUUUUGGAAAUCGGUUAUUCAAUGCAUUCCUGAUGUUCUUUGGUUGACGAAGUGGAGGAUAAAGGAGGGGAAGGUAUCUUUCUGGAGGGACUGGUGGUUUGAUGAGGGUCCGCUGGUGCAGCUACAGCUAAUUUUGGAGAGACCAAACCUUAUGAUUAAAGAAUGUAGACUUGAAGCAGGAUGGGAUACUCAGCUUGUUCGAAGUCUUGUGGGAGAUGGUAAAGUUGAACAAGUUAUGCAGGUUUUGAAUAAGUGCAGGCAAGGGGCAGAUUUACUGGUGUGGUCGGAGAAUGCGGAUGGCAAGUUCUCGUCUAAAAGCGCUUGGGAAUGUAUAAGGAUUAAAGCACCAAAAAAUAGAUGGUCCGAUUGGGUUUGGCAUCCUUGUAUGCCAAAAAAAUUUUCGGUAACUAUGUGGAAAGCUAUUCGUAAUGGCCUUAGUGUGGAUGACAGGAUAAAAAAUGUUGGGAUUCCUGUGGUGUCAAAAUGUAACUGCUGCACAGAUGGAGGUUAUGAAGACCUAGAGCAUGUUUUGGUGGAUGGAUAG